AUGUCAAAACGACCAAGAGACGAGAAAGACGAUCAUAAUAACUCUCGAGAGCAAAAUGAAGGAUACAAGCCCAAGGCAAUUACAUGUAUAUACCCAUCUUGUGCCAAUGAGAGAUUUACAAAUUAUCUCGAAUACGAACAGCAUAUAAUAACUCAUCAUGAUUAUGAAUGUGAAGAAUGUCAUCGCCAAUUCCCCAGCAAUUCAAUUCUAAAUCAUCAUAUUGACGAAAAUCAUAAUCCAAUACUCGCAAUCAAACAAGAACAAGGUGAAGCCAUAUAUAAAUGUUUUUCAGAUACAUGUCAUCAAAUAUUUCAUACCCAAGAACAACGCCAAUUACAUAUGAUCAAAACUCAUAAUUACCCUUCAGAAUAUCCAUUCAAUAUUAUAAAUAGAGGAAUAUAA